GUCCCCGCUGUCCCCAGAGUACGUGGUGCGGCACUGGCAGGAGGACGCGUUUUUCGGGGAGCAGUUCCUGAGCGGGGUGAACCCCGUCCUGCUGCGCCGCUGCCCCCGCCUGCCCCCCAACUUCCCGGUCAGCGAGGCCAUGGUGGCGCCCAGCCUGGGGACAGGGACGUCCCUAAAGGAGGAGAUGGAGGCAGGGAACAUCUACCUGGCCGAUUACGGGGUGCUGCAGGGGCUCCCCACGGCGCUCAUCGACGGCCGCCCCACCUUCGUGGCCGCCCCGCUGUGCCUGCUGCACCAGCGCCCCGACGGCGAGCUGCGGCCCCUCGCCAUCCAGCUGUCCCAGGAGCCCGGCCCGGACUCGCCGGUGUUCGUGCCGCAGGACCCGCCGUGGCUCUGGCUGCUGGCCAAGGCCUGGCUGUCCCAGGAGCCCGGCCCGGACUCGCCGGUGUUCGUGCCGCAGGACCCGCCGUGGCUCUGGCUGCUGGCCAAGGCCUGGCUGUCCCAGGAGCCCAGCCCCGAGUCGCCGGUGUUCGUGCCGCAGGCCCCGCCGUGGCUCUGGCUGCUGGCCGAGGCCUGGCUGCCCC